AUGAGACAGGACUGCGGAGGAAACCUCAUGUUCAACAUGUAUCUCUCAGAUCCGACAGAAAAUCUGUCGAAGGAAAGCAAAGGGACAUCUUGGGGUCCAAUAAACACAGGAGUGCAAAAAGGCAGCGGACAGAUCCAGCUGUGGCAGUUCCUGCUGGAGCUGCUCUCUGACAGCACCAACAUAUCGUGCAUCGCCUGGGAGGGCACCAACGGCGAGUUCAAGCUCAUCGAUCCGGACGAGGUGGCUCGGCGCUGGGGGGAGCGCAAAAGCAAACCCAACAUGAACUACGACAAGCUGAGCCGGGCUCUGCGCUACUACUAUGACAAAAACAUCAUGACCAAAGUCCACGGCAAGCGCUAUGCCUACAAGUUUGAUUUCCACGGCUUGGCGCAGGUGUGCCAGCCGUCCACCACGGAGCAGGCCAUCUACAAGUUUCAGGGGAACUUCUCCCCGAUUCCAUUCACCGGGAUUUCCAAACUGAACCUUGUGGCUCCCGGCGUGGGGCCGUCGGGAUUCUCCUACUGGCCCGGUUCCCCUCCGGCGGCUCUGUAUCACAGCCACAGCCUGCAGCCGCCGGGGCCCUUCGGCACCGUGUCUCCGUCCCACAUCAGCUGCGUCAACAACAUCAACAGCCUGACCAACAUCAACAAUCAUUACAACUGA